UUUCCACGGCUAUUUAUCACCAAUAAAUCAUCUUUCCGCUUAUCACGCUCCUGUUUGUAAACAUUGUUAGAGAGGUAUAUUUUUCUUACGUACGAGAGAUUAUGUUCAUCCUUUUUGAGUUCUUUUUUCCGAAAAAUGACUGAGAAAACUACUCUUACGUGUUUUCAUUGCAGUGCAUCGUUUACCAGAAAAGAUAAUUUGGUUCGUCAUAUCAAAAACUUUCAUCUUAAUCCAAAAAUAAAUAAGAAAAAUGGUAAUCUUGAUCUAAUUGAGUACUGCAUUCCAACUUCCUAUCUAUCAUUCUGUUUGAAAUUUUCAUGUUUAAAAAUCAUUUUCCUGAAUUUGUUUUAGUCAAAGUUAAAGUAAGACGAAUUGUAUGUCCUCUGUGUAAUGUGAUUAUACCUGGUAAAUUCUCCAAUUUUCACCACCAUCUAACACUAAUACACAAUGUUAAUCUUGAGCAACAAUGUGUUACUUUCAACUCUUUCAGUGGUAAGUAAUAGGUACAUUAAUUAAGAUUCUCGCAUAUUGUUAAUUCAAUUGACUAAAUUAUCACUGAGCUGUCAUUUUUCUUUCAUUUUUUCUUAGAAUUCCAAACAUGGAAGUUGGAAGAGGAAAACAAAACGAUGUCUAAAUUCGUGAAACGUAGGAGAGAAUAUACUCGGAAGAAUGGUAGUACUGUCGGAUAUUACGUCUGUCACCGCAGUUUUCAUUUCAAAUGCACGAAAAAAAGAAAAACAUCUCGAAGGAAAAAUCGUGGAUCAAAUAAAAUCGGAUAUGCAUGUUCAGCUAACAUGAAAGUGACGAAAACAAAUCAACAAAUCACAGUAAACUAUUGCAAUUCACAUGUUGGUCAUUGCUGUGAAGUUGGUAGGCUAACGUUGAAUGCUGAAGAAAAAGCUGAAUUAGCAGGUAAAAUGAAACAAGGUGUUCCGUUGUCCAGAGUUUUGGAUGAUAUCCGAGAAGAGGAGCCUACCACCAUUAAAAGAAUACAUCUCACCGACAGAAAUGACCUCCAUAACAUAAAAAAAAACUUAUGGAAUUAAUUGCCCUUUGAGGUACGAUAAUAACGAUCCUACAAGUGUAGCUGUCUUCAUAGAGAAAAUGAAAAUGAAUGAAAAAGGCAACCCAAUAAUUUUUUUCAAAGAUCAACAAACGGAGCUGGAAUCGUUUGAGAAAAAAGAUUUUAUUCUGAUAAUGAUGUCCGAGUUCCAAAAGGAAAUGUUUGUAAAAUAUGGCCAUCGUUGCGUCUGUAUUGAUGGUACUCAUGGAUUAAACGAAUAUAAAUUCAUUUUGUACACCAUCGUAGUCUUGGAUGAAUUUGACAACGGAAUCCCAGUGGCAUUCUGCUUUAGUAAUCGCGGCACGCUUCAAUUGUAUACGCUUUUCUUUGAAAAAGUCAAAGAAUCCUUGGGAAAAACGAUUACUACGAAGAUAUUCAUGUCCGAUGGCGAAGUCACCUUUUACACAGCUUGGGCUGCAGUUAUGGGUUCAGCUGAGCGGCAAUUGUUGUGCUUGUGGCAUCUGUAUAAAACGUGGAACCAACAUUUUCCGAAGAUUGAUGACUUGAACAAAAGAAAACUAGUGAAAAAAACGUUGUAUGCAGUAGCAGCUGAACCUAAUGUUGAAAAUUUUUGCCAAGAGUAUAAAAACUUUUUGAAGCAGUUGGAAGAAGACGAAGAUACUGUUAAAUUUUAUAAGUACUUGAAUGAUUAUUAUACUAAAAACACUGAAUCAUGGGCUGCCUGUUACCGAUCUCAUGCUGUAAUUCAAACGAACAUGCAUUUGGAAAGUUUUCAUAAAACGAUCAAGUAUCAUUACUUGAAUGGUAAACGAUGCUCGCGAUUGGAUAAUACUAUUUAUCAGCUGUUCCGCUACCUUCGAGAUAAGAAAUAUGACCAUCUUAUAAAGUUAGCCAAAGAAAAACCCACGAAGAAAUCCAAAGCCAUCCGAGAAAGUCAUGCUAAAUCUGCUGAUUAUAUCAAUUCAGUAGAAAUAAUUGACAAUGGAAAAUAUCAAGUCAAGGACUACGAGGUCACGUUACAACAACCUGAACCAUGCUGUUUUCAUGUAUGCAAAGAAUGCAAAAUCUGCAUUUGUAUGUACGUGUGUUCAUGCAGAGAUAGUCAGAUCAAUAGAAAUAUGUGUAAGCACAUUCAUGCUUGUGUGCAAAAAGACGAAGAGAUCAAUCAAGAAUUGGCCGAUGAUGAAAAUUGUAACUCUUUAUCCGUAGUACCUACCAACAGCGAUAUACCUACCAACAGUGUAACAGAAAACAGCAACCAGAACCUAUUGUUGGAAAGUUACCACUUCGGAGACGAAAUAUUACCAACUGUUCAAAGAGAAUCUUUAGAUGAUGCAAAAGUUGAUUUAAUUGCUCGCUGUAAUGUAAUUUCUGGUUAUUUAUCCAACCGAAGUGUAAAGAAAGAAAGUAUUGACAUCGUCAGGAAACUACUAGAUCGAGCGACAGCAGUUUUAAUGGAAGAGGAAAAUUCAGAGAAAGAGAAGCGUUCGAAUCCUGUCAACACGAACAGUAAAAUAGAAAAGCAGACGUAUCUAACUAUUAAUACACAAAAGUUGGAGCCUUUGUCUCCCUUUUGCGCCGAUUGUACGGCCGUUUUUGGUUUUUGCGAAUGAAUUUCGACAUGUAGACAUAUCAGUUACUGUGCGAAUGCCAUUGAAUCUUUUUGAAAAUUUACAUUUUUCCAAAAAAAUCGUAAUUAAAAAAUGUUUGGAUUUUGGAAUUAGAGAGAAUGUUUUGGUUUUCGUCUUUCGAUCACGAAAAUAGAUCCGCAGUACCUCUAUCAUUUUUAAACCUUGGAAACAUCAACGAAACUUGGUUGAUAUUUGUGUGACGUCAUGCAAAUGCGUUUUUUUUUCGUUUUUGAAAACUUGAAAAGA